AUCUCACUUGCGAUCCGCACGCGCAGGGAGCGUAGGGCGUAAACCCUGUUGCACGCUACAGAAAGUACAGAGUUCAUAUCCUUCUUGGAGCAGCAAUAUGUCGGACGCAAAGUACUUUCAACGAGGGAAAAUCCACGACCUGAGGACUGAACUCAAUUCAGACCGAAAGGACCCAAAGCACACUAAGAAAAAAGUGGCAAUGAAAAAGAUUGUUGCAAACAUGACAAUGGGGAACGACAUGUCCGCUUUAUUUCCAGAUGUCGUUGGAUGCAUGUCCGUCCCGGCGUUGGAAGUGAAAAAGAUGGUGUAUUUGUAUUUGAUCAACUAUGCAAAAAGUAAACCGGAUAUGGCUGUUUUGGCUGUGAAUACCUUGGCGAGGGAUGCAGAAGAUCCCAACCCACUCAUACGAGCCCUCGCCAUCCGGACUAUGGGAUACAUGCAAGUGGACCGCAUCAUAGACGAACUGCUGCGCCCUCUGCACAAGUGCCUGACUGAUAAGGACCCUUAUGUGUGCAAAACGGCGGCAAUAUGCGUCGCAAAAUUAUUUUUGCAUAGCAAGGAAUUGGUGGAGAAGGAGGGAUUUCUGGACCAGCUGAGGGCUUUGUUGGGACACGAUAACUCGACUGUUGUUGCAAACGCUGUUGCUGCCUUGAUGGAAAUCUCGGAUCGUUCGGAAAAUUUCGAUUUUUCUCUGGAUGUGUCCCAAGCCAACAAACUGUUGACAGCCCUAAACGAAAGCUCCGAAUGGGGUCAAGCAUACCUCCUCGAUGCCAUCAUGCGUGUCGUACCUCAGGAAGCAGACGACGCUGAGCUCUUGGCGGAUCGAAUCAGUCCCAGGCUUCAGCACGCCAAUUCAGCUGUAGUUCUCACCGCUGUUCGGGUCAUCCUCUACUUGACGAAUUAUAUUCCAAAGGAAGAUACGGUCAACUCGCUUUUGAAACGUCUUGGGCCACCUCUAGUCACACUCCUCCAUAAUGGCCCCGAGGUCCAAUAUGUCGCCCUUAGAAAUAUCCUUCUUCUACUACAACGGAAACCGGAUAUUCUCAGAAACGAGCUUAAAGUCUUUUUCUGCAAGUAUAACGACCCGAUUUAUGUCAAGUUGGCUAAAUUGGAGAUUAUGGUUCGGUUGGCGGGAGAAGGAAAUGUCGAUCAGGUUCUGUCAGAGUUGAAAGAGUAUGCAUCUGAAGUCGAUGUGGAUUUUGUGAGAAAGUCUGUUCGGUCGAUUGGGCGGUGCGCCAUCAAAAUCGAGAGUGCUGCAGACAAGUGCAUUAGCGCCCUGGUGGAGUUGAUUGAGACCAAAGUCAAUUAUGUCGUCCAAGAAGCCAUUGUCGUAAUCAAAGACAUCUUCCGCAAAUACCCCAACAGAUACGAAUCCAUUAUCGGAACCCUUUGUGAAAACCUCGAUACCCUCGACGAACCCGACGCCAAAGCUUCCAUGAUUUGGAUUAUUGGACAAUACGCUGACCGGAUCUCCAACGCGGACGAACUCCUCGAGGCAUUCCUGGAGAAAUUCCUCGAAGAGACUGCCCAAGUUCAGCUGGCACUCUUGACUGCUAUCGUAAAAUUAUUCAUAAAACGGCCGCUGGUUGGCCAGGAACUCGUUCCAAAAGUCCUGAAAUUCGCGACAGAAGAGAGCGAUAACCCGGAUUUAAGGGAUCGAGGAUUCAUUUACUGGCGACUCUUGUCCACGGACCCAGUCGCAGCGAAAACGAUCAUCUUGUCAGACAAGCCCGCCAUAUCCACCGAAACAGACAAUGUGGACAACCAGCUAUUGCAAGAGUUGUUACUUCAUGUAUCGACCUUGGCGUCGAUUUAUCAUAAACCUGCAACAAGCUUUAUUGGAGGUGUCAAGCCGCGCAAGUUGAUGCCGUCACGAGCGUUAGUGUUCAGGAAUGUCGGUGGCACGGGGUUGCCUGAGGAGAUGCCAGAGGACAUAAACCCCUAUGCGACAGGUGUAAUGAACAAUCCCUAUACAGAUGACCUGGGACUCUCAACCCUUCAAACCGGGGAAGGAAAUCUUGGAAACUUAUUAGAUCUCGAUCUGGGCGGCGGGGAAGAGAAUGUGGAUGUUGCUGGGGCGUUUGGAGAUGAGAGCGAGUUGGGCGGAUUGAAUUUCUCUGGUGGUGGAGGUGGUGCAGUAGGACAAGGGCAACAGACUCGGCCAGUGUAUUUGUUUUCAUCGAUUGCGACGUUUGGAGGCGGGCAAGGUGUUGGUGGUUCGGGUGGUGGAUCGAGCGGAUUGGGACCAACAGGUGCAAUGGGUGGUUUGGGUGGUUUGAGUGCAAUGGGUGCAAUGGGCGGAACGGGGGCAAUGGGCGGAACGGGUGGAAUCAGCCUGGGAGGUUUACCGGGAGGUGCAAAUGGAAUGGGCGUAAGCGGAAAUAAUCCUUUUGCAGGAAUUCAGCAGCCACCACUAGCCCAACAGCAGCAAUUGACGCCUGCUUUCGCACCGGGCACAUUUGGUAUGCUCUCGGCAGCAACACCACCGCUAACCUCUCCUCCUGCCUCCAUCCCCACCCCGGACGUCAUCAGUCGACAGUCAAACCCCCUUGCCACGCUCGACCCAUUUUCCAAAACCUCUGCUUCGGCGAAUGCAUCCCUGCAAUCCCCGCCAUCAUUGACACCCGAUGCAAACCCGUUUGGAGGUAUCAGCAACAGUACGCCUCAACCCGAUAUUUUGGGAGACUUGGCUUCCCUUUCGUUGAAUACCCAUGUUCCACCGAAACAGCUUUGGAUGUCUGCGGCGAGUGGGCGGGGAUUGCAAGUUGUUGGCACCUUCGUGCGACGACAGGGGCAAAUGUGGAUGGAGAUGGUGUUCACUAAUAAGGCGUUGCAGCCUCUAAGUAUUGCAGGGAUCUUGUUCAACAAGAAUACGUUUAGUCUAGUUCCAGGCCCGCUGGACGUGCGCGGCCCCAUAUUCCCAAACACGUCUGCAGAAGCGGCUCUCAACCUCAAGGUGGAAGGCCUUUCACAAGGCUCGACACCUGUCAAUAACCUCCAGGUCGCGCUCAAGACGACAGCGGGGAUCGUGUACUUUCAGACUCUUGUCCCUUUGCAGGUUCUCUUUGUCGAGACGGGUGGGUUGGACCAAUCUUCAUGGUUGCGCAUGUGGAAUGAGAUUGGGGAUGAGCGAGAAUCUAAAAAGAGUGUGGGUUUGACUGUGGAUGUGGAGCGAGCCAAGCAUGCUUUGAAAAGUGCCAAUGUGUUUUGUGUCGCGCAGAGGGUGAUUGAGGGGGUGCAACUCUUGUAUACGUCUGUCCGCCUGGUGGACGGAACAAUCUUUUUGAGCGAACUCAAAUUCGAGCCCGCAACCUCUAGCUGCAUUGUGUCUACAAAAACAUAUGCAACGCAUCUCCAAGAAGCUUUCCAAGAAGCCUUGAACCAAGUGCUCAAACAAGAGGAACCAUCCGUAUAGAUCACCAUUUUAUAUAUAUAUUUUUUAAUAAACUCUUUCUCCUCCUC